GCCGAUCAAUCUGCACUAUGAACUUCACGGCACUGGCCCAGUGAAGCUCGUCGUAAGUCUCAAGUGUGAUUUUCAACUCAUCGGGGUUCAACGGUGGUACUGACACAGACCGCGCAGUGGAUUAUGGGCCUUAACGGGACCCUGAAGGACUGGCGACGCCAGACCAGGUACUUUGGGCACAAGCACGGGUCGCGAUACACCUGCUUGGUGUUUGACAAUCGCGGCGUCGGCCUUUCAGACAAGCCGGUCUCCUACUACUCGACCUCCGAAAUGGCCCAGGACGUGGUCGACCUGGUGAGCUCGUUGGGAUGGAUCGACCUGACCGGUCCGCCCGAGCGAUCCAUCCAUGUUAUCGGCGCUAGCAUGGGCGGUAUGAUAGCCCAGGAGGUCGCGAUGCUUAUCCCUGAUCGCCUGGCGAGCUUGAUGCUGAACUGUACGGCACCGCGGCUGGUGCGGACAGGCCCUUUUGUGGAGAACCUGCGGCAGCGGGCGAACAUGUUCAUCCCUCGCCACAUCGAUGUGGAGCUGGAGCGGCUGGCGAAGAGCAUUUUUGCCGACAAGUUCCUCGCGGAGCCCGACACUGAAUACGAGGACCCCGCGAAGAAUUUCCCGACCAAGCGUGAUCGCUUCGCUGCGGGCGUUAUCCAGAAGCGAGCCAACACCGACGAGUAUACCAAGAAGGGUUUCUUGAUGCAGAUUGUCGCCUGCUAUUUCCAUCACAAGUCAGCGGCGCAGCUGAAGUCCCUUGGGGAUCGAGUAGGCAGAGACCGCAUCGCGGUGACUCAUGGCACCAAGGACUUGAUGCUGACGUUUCGGCACGGGGAGAUCUUACGCGAGGAGAUCGGUGAUGGGAUCACCUGGAGGGCUUUUGAGGGGAGUGGCCACAUGCUGGGUUGGGAACGAGAAGACGAAAUGCACGAGUUGAUUGAAGAGAUUGUGAACCGAUGCAGUUAGAGGGUGAUCUUGGGCAAGAGCAUACACCAUUUCCCCGCAUGACUGAAUUAACGACUGUACAUUAGACUAAGAUUAUAUUCUGAUGAUGAAUUAGAAAUGCUGACAACUUUCCCCAGAUAUCGGAAGGUACAGGAC